ACUUUCAGCCCUUCGCUACGCGGAGUACCAUCAUCGGUGAAUUAUGGCACGACCCAGCAACACACAAGCACCGCAAGCAGUACUGCUGUAAGCGCACGUCCUGUACAAGUGCAGCACAAUCCGCAGCAGGAGCACUCGCCAAAUCCGCCCCCAAUCCCUUCAAAUCCUCCUCCAGAGUCUCGUGUACCUGCAUCAGUUCGAAGCGCUGUCUCACCUCGACGAGCAGCAAAGUCGCCGAGACAGUGGCCACCUGACCGUGGUCUGCCCACUCUUCGAUACUGGCAAAUCGAUCCCGCCUCGCAAUCCAAAAAGGAGAAGGAAAACGAACCCACGUCACUAUAUGAAAUGGUGGAGGCUACAGACAAAGAGGAUGAAAAAAGCCCAAGAAGAGGACGUUCACGCAAAAAUCCACAGUUGGUCCCCCAAGUCGUCUAUUCAAAAACGUUCGAAAACAACUCGGACCGGCAGGAGAUUUCAAUUCAAGUCGAGAACAGCACAACGCACUCGGCAGCCUCUGCCACUCUUUCGCCAACCAAGCCCACCAUCAACAGCGGAAUCCAUUGGACAGUUAUUCACGCGCCGAGCAGUCCAGAACUGAAAGCACAGUUCCCCAGGGAGGCAACUCCCACAAUUGAACGCCCUAUGGAAUUACCUGAAGCCACAGAAAUAGAUGUAACACAGUCUGACCCUAUGAGCACUUCCCAGCCAGUUGCGCAAGACGAUACAAAUACUCUUUUCCCGCCGAACACAACUGACUCGAGUACCUCUCCAAUCCCGACUAUUCAGUUGCCGCGAAGACGAUCAAGCACAGUCGAGCCUUCGGGAAUAAUUCGAGCACUGUCACCAGUCCCAUUCAGAAAAACUUCACCAACGAUUGCAUUCGCAGCACCAGAAGAGUCCUUUCAUGAGCUAGAAGUUGAUACAUCCGUACAGGACCAGCAGUACAGGUCUCUGGUUGGCGUGAACACAACUCCUCGACCAUUCUCAAUUCAGAACUGCUCCCCUUCACCAGUCCCUACAGUUGAGGAAAAGCCAAAACGAUCUAAAGUGCUGAAGAAAGUCGAUUUCUCAAAAGCCACUGUUAUUCCUGAGGUAUGGCAGGACAGCAGUGAGGUGGUCAAUGAAGAAGAAAUUUUAGCCGAGUUGUCCCCAACAAGUUCCUGUCCAUUCACACCUCCGGCGGACAAGGAGACGUCGUCCACAGACGCCGCGACACCGUACGAUGGUGACGAAUCGGAGACUUACGACAAUAAGAGUGAUAAUACCUCUACCCUCGAAAUGGAGUUGGCGGAUGAGCAGGAGCAGUGGAUGAGGGAGGAGCUAGAAAUGGCACAGAAGGAGGAACUGGCCAAGUUAGGCAACCCAACCGAAACGAAAACGGUUUCUGAUCAGAAGGAGGAGUGGCGUCAGCAGGCGAUGGCUCUUCUGAACGAUGAGAGUCAAAUGGAGCGAGAUUUCGCCAUCGUUGCCGCGCUCAAUGAACGUCUUCAGGGUCUCAAGGACAUGGGGGAAGAGGAUAGGCAGAAGGCUAUCGAAUGCAUUGAAAGGCACCAGAGCAACUUGGAAGAACAACAGGACCAGUUGAGCGCACUUCUCGACAGCGCUAUCGCCUUUCUGAGAAAAUUAGACACCUCAACCUCAAUUAUCGCUUCCAAAGCAGCUGUUUCGAAGCAAGAGUCGCCGAUGCCAUCUGGUGGAGAGUUAGGAAAGACUCAGGAUCGCUUCAAAGGUCCUGGCGAUUUCAUUGCCGAAAAAUUGGAGCGAAUUUGUGCCGAUGAUGGCCAAUCGUACACCCGUUCUACCUUUGAGCAACACAGUGAGCAACGCACGACAACUGGAGGUGGAGUAGGAGGUGCACCGGCCGGAAAACUACAGGAGGGCAGAGGACACGGCUCGCUCAAUAACCCUGGUAACCCCGGUGGUCGAAUUCCUUACUGCGAAUCGUGCAAACAGCAAAUAAGAGGUGCGUUCGUUCUGGCAACUGGAUUGGCGUGGUGUCCCGAACAUUUCGUGUGCGCCUACCGUGGAUGUGGACGACGUCUUCUGGAAUGCGGUUUCGUCGAGGAGAGCGGGUCCAAGUACUGUGAGGGAUGCUUCGAAGCGCACAUUGCCCCACGUUGUGCCAAAUGCGCCAAGCCCAUCAUUUCGGACUGUCUGAAUGCGAUGCAGAAGAAAUGGCACCCAACCUGCUUCACGUGUGCUCACUGUCACAAACCGUUCGGAAACACCGCGUUCUAUUUGGAAAACGGCUUGGCUUAUUGUGAAACCGACUGGAACGCGUUGUUCACGACGAAGUGCGUGUCAUGUAAGUAUCCGAUCGAGGCCGGCGACAGGUGGGUGGAAGCCCUUGGUAAUGCCUUCCACUCAAACUGCUUCAACUGCACGCGCUGCCACUCGAACUUGGAAGGCGAGAGUUUCUUCGCGAAGAAUGGCCAGCCGUACUGCAAAAUGCAUGCAUAA